AUGAUUUCUUUGAAAAUAAUCAAUUUACUAACGAGAUCUUUAGAUGUCUCAUCAAUACGAUGUCUUUCUUUAUCAGCAAUAAACAAUGCUCGAGAACGUUCCUAUCGUAGAGCUGAUAAAAAAGGUUUUCAUAACCGUGAAGAUGUUAACUACGACAAUCCUAAACAACCCAAAGAAUCAAAUUUUCGAGAUCGUUUUCGGUAUACAGCACUGGAAGAAGUUAAAAUGGAACAAGGUAGCCAACGAUCAUUAAUUGAACCAAUGAUUGAUCGAACACAACCACCACAUAAAUUUCAUGUUGUUACAAAACUACGAUCAACGUAUGGUGAAACUUAUUAUGUAAAAGAAGCUCUAGAAAAAAUUGGUUUUAUUAGUUAUGGCCGCAAACAAUGGAAUGUAUUAACAGUCAUCCUUAAAAAUGUUCCAUCGGUAAAUAAACAUUUAUACGUAUGCAAACAUAUGGUACAAAUCAAACCAUUAACAUUUGUUGACGGUGUUCCAUCAUUGGACGAUAUUGGUUCUACUAAACUAUUUCCACAUAGUGGACAUUUAACUAUAGACGAUCAUUUCGAUUUAAAACAAAUGAAUGUUUCAAUAGAUGAUAAAGACAAAUGGCCAGUAGAUAUGGAUCAUAUUGUUGCUCGUUUACAUGCUGAUCGAACGGCAAAUCGUCUUCAUGCAGAAUAUUUUCCAACAAAAUAUAAUUGGUUUUUUGAUCAACAUAUUGCUGGUGUGAAAGUGAUACAACCAUGCAAUCCUGAGGUUAAAGAUACACAUCUAGAAGAUCUGUAA